UCUUCCAUCCCCCCGCCGGUGGUAUCCACACACCGAGCAGAGACUCUCUGGAUGUCAGUCACUUUCCCAGCGAACAGACGGUAAUCCCCCACCUCAUCCACCCCACCCCUCUCCAAACAGCAGCAACCGGAGGCAGGAGGGGGGCAAAACCACACGGGACACCUGUACACUACCGGACGCCUCCCCUUCUGAUGCCUUUCACUUUCCCUCCCAGAAUAGGCGGCGGAUUUACGCGUUGAACAGCGGAUUCAUCCAGCAGCAGCAGCAGCUCGCAGGAGGUCCGCGGAUGGAGACGCGCUUUGAAGGCGGAGGUCUGCUGGUGUUCACGUAGCAGCGGCUGCAGGGUCGUGCCGCAUUGUCCGGCCGCUUCGAGCGACGCUCGGGGAGACGGGGAUGCUGCCGUCGUCAGUGAGUCACAGAUCGGGAGAGAAGGCGCGGAGCGGCUUUGACAUGGAGGCGAGCGGCUGUCGCUCAGGCCACCCGGAUCAGCAGCAGGUUGGUGCAGCCUGAAGCCCCGGCGGACGUCGCUUCAUCAUCUGCACGCUGGGAAAUUAUAACAAAGUUCAAAUCUUGUUAAAAAAAACAAACAAACAAAAGAAACAAUGAUUGUGUGCGUAAAAGUGAGUGGCCCGUAUGUAGAAAAUGCAUCACAGAAUGAGAGCAGCGGCGGCGUCUGUGCCAGUUCAGGGUGGAUUACGUGUUCAGAGCAGCAGGCCUCCAUCUGAAGUCAGCCACUGAUCACUAAACGCUCUCCGUCCACUUCCCUGCCCUGUUGCUAACCGAUUCCUCAGCUGGUUGGCCGGAACCCCCCGCGGAGGGACAGCUGUUGCAAACGAUGACUCACCUGCAGGCUGGCCUCUCUCCGGAGACCCUGGAGAAGGCCAAGGUGGAGCUGAAGGAAAACCCGGAGACCCUCCACCAGGACAUCCAGGAGGUCCGGGACAUGAUCAUCACCCGGCCGGACAUCGGCUUCCUCAGGACAGAUGACGCCUUCAUCCUCAGAUUCCUCAGGGCGAGGAAAUUCAACCACUUCGAGGCGUUCCGGCUGCUGGCACAGUACUUCGAGUACCGGCAGCAGAACCUGGACAUGUUCAAGAACCUGAAGGCCACCGACCCGGGCAUCAAGCAGGCUCUGAAGGACGGCUUCCCGGGAGUCCUCUCCAAUCUGGACAAAUACGGCAGGAAGAUCCUGGUCCUGUUUGCAGCCAACUGGGACCAGAGCAGAUACACGUUUGUGGACAUCCUGCGAGCCAUCCUGCUGUCUCUGGAGUCCAUGAUCGAAGACCCGGAGCUGCAGGUGAACGGCUUCAUCCUCAUCAUCGACUGGAGCAACUUCACCUUCAAGCAGGCCUCCAAGCUGACCCCCAGCAUGCUGCGGCUGGCCAUCGAGGGGCUGCAGGACAGUUUUCCUGCGAGAUUCGGAGGGAUCCACUUUGUGAACCAGCCCUGGUACAUCCACGCCCUCUACACAGUCAUCCGACCCUUCCUCAAAGACAAGACCAGGAAAAGGAUUUUCAUGCACGGUAACAACCUGAACAGCCUCCACCAGCUGAUCCACCCGGAGAUCCUGCCGUCAGAGCUGGGUGGCAUGAUGCCGCCGUACGAUAUGGGGACGUGGGCGCGCACACUGCUGGACCACGCCUACGACGAGGAGACGGACUACUGCCCAGAGUCCUACACUCUGUCGGUGCAAGACCUGGAGAGAGACCUGGAGAAAAACAUGUCCCCAAAAACCAUGAAGAGGUCUCAGUCGGUGGUGGAGCCAGGAGUCCUGAAGAGACCGGACAAGGUGAAGAGUGAAGAAGACAACCUGCAGCCGCUGCUGUCGUUGGACUAAACGCCCAGAGUUACAGCGGAGAAGCAGAAAUAGUUCAGUAUUUCAAUUCCUAAAAAUGUACCUGUGCACAUACUGGAAGCGACUCUCGUCCUGCAGAAAGACGUUCCUUCAAACUUUACGGAAAGCAGCAGGGACACGUCCAGACACCGACGAGCUUCUGAUGGUCCUCUAUACAGUAUAUUUAUUUAUGUAGUUUCAUGUCAAGUGCCAAUUCCAGAAACUGUAAAUAUGAAGUCUUUAAACAAUCCAGAGCAGAGCAGGGAAGGCUGGUCUUCAGGCGCUGCGGAGGGAUGAGUGGAGGUAACGGUUCCCACGGUUACUACAGGAGGACGGAUGUGUGAAAACUGCAAAGCAUAUUUCAAAGAGGGCUUCAGGCCACAGCAGAAGGCUUUUUUUAUAUCUUUGUGAAGAAAAAGCUCUGGACACGGACAAGAAGGGGGCCACAGAAAAACAGACGCUGCUUGUUUUCUUGUAAGAUUUUUCCGAUGACAAUAAUGUCUAAAAAUUUCCGUCUCUCUCCAGUUAUCUUUUGGAAAAGCAAACCUCCCUUUACGGUAAGAGUUGUCUCUAUGAAUCAUCGGCUUUUUUCCCCCUUCAGCCAUUUUCUCUCCAUCUGACCCAGAUGUCACAGAAAACUGCUCCGCUCCACCAUUAGAAGACCCACAGAGCCGCAGGCUCUCUUCCUCAGAAGUCGUAUUUUCAGAACCUAAUGGGCGUAGCCGCUAAAAUCAGGGCUAAAUAUGAUUUUAUAAAAGCAAAGUUCUUUUGCUUUGUGGCACUUUUUGUGUUGCAAGGUGGGAAAUGUUUGGGUGAUGAUGUUCAUCCAAAAAACUAAAUAAAUCACAGAGUAGCUGCAGUUUCACUUUCACUUCAGGGUAAAGGUUUUUUCACUAUGUAAGAUUUAUAGAUAUAGAUGUUAUAGAGAGCACCAUUUCUUUUGCUUCUGCAGGAAAUCACAUGUACAUAAUGCAGAAAAUGGCUCUGCAGGUUUAUUGGUUCAUGUUACAAAACAAACUAUUUAUUGUUUUCACUUUAAAAUUUGCAACCGACCAAAACAUCAAUUUAGCUUUCACUUUUACGAGUAUAUAUAUAUAUAUUUUUAAAUUUCUGUGUCUGGUUUGAUUUCAGGCCUUUGAUUUAAAGGGUCUCCUUUAAAAUAGGUUUAUAAUCGAUAAACAAUUUAAGACAGUUUCAUUUAAGACAGAUAUUAAUCUGUUUGGAGCAUUACCACAUGCAUAUUAUGAAUUAGGGCCAUUGCAAAUAAAAAAAAAAAAGAACAGAGUACAUUUCUGCCAAAAAACAACUUCAAAUGUUGAACUUUUGAAACUCAAAAAGUUUCCACAUUUUCUCUAUAUGCACUGUUCCAAAUAUGCCAACGUUGAAAUCUGAGUUUUUUCUCAGAAUAAUUUUUUUCCUCAUAGUUCUGACUUUUGAUCACAGCAUUAAAGUCAAAAUUCUGACAAAUAAAAGUAAAAAUAAUAAUAAUUCUGAGAAAAAAACAACCAUUCAUUAAUUUUUUCAUGAGGCAGAAACUCAAAAUGUCCCCCAAAAAUCCAAAUGAAGUCUGGACGUUUGGUUUUUCUCUCCUCACGGCCCUUUGCAGACCUGCAGACAUUCCAAACUACAUGAAUGUCUCUCAUUAGUAAACGUAGAUUAUAGACACAGACAGUAAUAAAUGAUUUAUGCAGAACUUUCUUUCUUUAUGUAAACACAACGAGAGGAAAACUCAGACAUAUCCCACACAGUUUGGACAUUUAUUUUCUGUAGAAAGACCUUUGGGUACUUAGAGUUUAGGUUAAAUUUUAUAUUUAGAUUACAGAUGUUAUAAUUAGUGAGAUUUGUUAUUUACUGCAUAGAUAAGAUAGAAGCUUUAACUCAGCAUUUGCUCCAGCCUGUUGUUUUAUUUUUAGAGUUUUUUGAAAUGCAUCCGGCUCCAUCUGACGCCGUUUGGUAAACGGCUGUUACAGUUUUUCCACAUCAGGCGAAUGAAGUGCAAAGCUUCGACCAGUGAAUGUCAGCAGCCGGGCGGGUCCAGUGCAGCCGGGCGGGUCCAGUGCAGCCGGGCGGGUCCAGUG